AUGAGUUCUUCGACAUCGAGUCGAUAUCGAGAAUCAGCUGCAGUGACAGCGCCAACUAAAGUUCUUGAUGCACACAGCACGUCAUUUGCUGAAGAACAUGCACUUGAUGCUAUUGCUAAAGAAGCCGAACUUCGUUUGCAACAUCAACGAGAACAAAACCGUGAAGCACGUCAAUUACGACACAAAGAAUUAGAAAAAAAUGCACGAGAUGAUGCAUCUGGUGCGGAUUCAGAAUCUAACAAAGAUGAUCAAAAGAAACAUAAGGAGGAGGAGGAGGAAGAAGAAGACGAGGAGGAUGAUGGUGGCGAUUCCACAGCAGCGCCUCUUGCUUCGUCGAGUAAUAUCGGUUCAAAUAGGUCUCGUAUAAUGAGUAUGGAUGGAGCAAAUAAUAAUGGAAUGGGAACAGCUACUAAUUCUUUAUUAUUACAGAAAUUUCUUAAUGGCGAUAUAGAUCUUCGAUCAAUUGAACAACGUGAUUUACGACGUCUUUUAAGUGAACUUGAAUCAAAAUAUAAAUCAGCCAUGAUUGCAAAUUCAAGCAUGUAUAAUGAAAAACAAGCAUUACGUUAUCAAGUCGAUACAUUCAAAGACAUAUUGGAUGAACAUUAUGAAACAUUAAGCCAAGCGAAAAGACAACUGAAAGAAAAAUGCAAAGAUUUUGAUCUUCAAAAACGUACUUUAACUGAACUUCAACACGAGCAUAAUCAAUUGAAAGAAAUUUUAGCAAAUCGUGAAAAAUUAAUUCAAGAGUCUGGCAUGCAAUUAUUAACUGGUGAUGAAAUCAAUCGAAAUAACAGUGAAGAAAAGCUAUCAUCUGUUUUACCAACUGGUAUUGUUUCUCAUGAAACAUUAACAUUACUUAAUUCGCUUGGUAAAGGAUCCAUUGACGAAAAAUUAAAAAGAAUUUUGAAUGAAAAACGUGAACAAUUUGAACAAAUAGUUAAAUUAAAAUCUGAAUUAGACGAAGAAAAAAAUCGUUUACGCACACUUGAAAAACAGCUACCAAAACUAAAUGAUUCACAUCAAAGUGUAAGUGGUGCAACAGAUUAUGAACAACCAAAACAAUUACUAAAAGAAAUAACUGAUUUAAAAAAUCGUUUACAACGUUUGGAAGCUGAUAAUGUGUCAUUACAACAAGAAAAUAAGCGAUAUGAUGCACAACUUAAAAGACAUAAACAACAAACCGAAGAUGCAGAGCGUAUUGAAGAAGAUCUAAAACAAGAACGAAGACGAUUACAAAGAGAGUAUCGUGAUAUAAAAUCACGAUAUGAUGAUACAAUAUUGGAAAAUCAACGUUUACAAGAUCGAAUUGAUUCAAUGGAAUUCGUCAGAAGAAAUUAUAAUUCAUCAUCACGACACCUUCUGAAUUCAUCGAUGAGCGGAGGAAAUACGUAUUUACCUCCAAUACCACCAAAUCGAUCUGGACGUGCACCAUCUGUUUCUCGUUAUACAUCAGUUGAACGAGAAUUGGAUGCAUCAAUACCACUACCGUAUAGAUCACGUGAACCAUCGGUAUCUCGACGAACAUCACGCGAUUAUUCAAGUGAUCGCUGGUCAACAAGACAUGAUUCAUCAACGAUUGGCCCAUAUGCUGACAAUGAAUUAAUAACGAGUAAUAAGCAUCGACCAGAUCGUUGGUCGAAUACGAAUUCUCCCAAACCGAGUUCACCUAAUUAUAAUUCUUCAUCACUACCAGGUAGCGUUUACCGGCAUCUUCGCGUCGCACGUGAAGAAUUAGAAAAUGAACGUACACGCAGCGAUGUUCUACAGCGUGAGAAUGAACGUUUGCGUACAUUACGGAAAAAGAUUCUGCUCAAUAAUACUGAGGAUAAUCUUGCUGUAUCAGCGAUUGUUUCACGAUCACAUACAAAUUCACCGUUGCCACCUGCCGUUUCUUCUUCUUCAUCUUCAUCUAUUUCUACUUCAUAUGAUCUUCAAUUAAAUCCUUCCACACAAGAUUCUACUUAA